CUUUGGGUGUCUUUGGGGGAACCUGACACCUGGGACUGUGCAGCAAUGGCGCCGCAAGUGCCCAGUGCACAGGCGCACGAGAUUCGAAGGAUUGCUCAUAUAUCUGAAGAGUCUAGGGAAGCCGCGAGCCGCGAGGUCUGCACAGGCCUGGAGGUGGAGCCGGUGGAAGUCUGCGGCUUGAGCUUCCGCAUCCUGCGGCGGCGCUCGGACUUCUUCGCGGCGGUGGCGGGGGAUCUGCCGGUCAGCUCCACGGGGCUGGUGCUUUGGGAGUGCGCCAUCCUGUUGGCGGAGUACCUGGGCUAUGCGGGCUGGACGGGCGGCUAUGAGGACAGGAACUGGUGGCAGCUGCAUCCGCCGGCCGCCGUGGUGCCCGCCAGGUUCUGGCGACGGCAGCGCGCGGUCCUAGAGCUGGGGGGCGGCGCUGGCUUGGUGUGCGCGGCCCUGACCUCUCUGGGCGCGCAGGUUGUCUACACCGAUGGGGAUCCUGCAGCUUUGCGCACGGCCGAGCUGAACCUGGCGAAUGCUUGGGCCCAGCGCAGGAAGCGCGGCAAGGAGGGCUGGGGCUCCUGCACCUUCCGGCGCCUCAGCUUCGGGGAUGAGGAAGCCGCCAGGAAAAUCGUGGAGGAGCUGGGCCCCUUUGGCCAUGUGGUGGGCAGCGAUUUGCUCUAUGGUGAUAGGGCACCUCCAGAGCCCUUGCUGGACACGCUGGCAGCACUGGCGCGAGCACAGGACGCCUUGGGCGAGCCGUUCUUGGUGACCAUCGCCAUCAAGAACCGCUGCUGCGAUGAGGUGGAGGUCUUUGCCGGCGCCGCGCGGCAGCGGGGUUUGUGGGCCGUAAGCCGGGCGGAGCCCGCCGCGCUGCCCGAGAGCUUCCAAGUGCAAGCAGACGAGUUCUACGGCCGCCAGGCCAAGCCUGGGUAUUGCGUCGUGCACCUCCGGCCUGCCGAGCCCGACCCAUCGCGCUCGGCCAAGAGGGCGAGGGUGAGCGAAGCGGUCGCCAGCCCCGCGCCAGCCUAGUUACCUGAUCCUGGCACGCUUGGUUCAA